CGCACGGUUGCCAUGCGCAUUGUGCGUUUAGUAUCCGGCUGCCCGCCGUUGAGUCAACUUGUGUGUAUAGAGUCACAAAUGGAUUUCGAUACAGAAAAAUUUAUUACUGAAGUCCAAAGUCGACCACCAAUUUGGAACACGAAAUGCUUAGAGCAUUCUGAUAGAGUCGCAAAACAAAAAGCAUGGGAGGAAUUGGCGACAGUUUAUGGUGCCGGCUUAUCAACGGAGAAAAGGAAACAGCUUGUUUUGAAUCUUCAGAAAAAAUGGAGAAAUAUACGGGAUUCUUUCGUGAAGGCCCACAAAGCUAAAAGAACGAAACGAGGUUCGGCCGCAAAAAAGAAAGUACCGUACAUAUUCUAUGAAAAACUAUUGUUCUUAAAGGAUGCGUUAUUUGUUAACAACACGAACUUGAUAUUUAGUUCUGAAAUAAAUAGUGAGAAAGCUACGCACCAUGCUGACACACCGCAGAGUACUUCACGGGCGCAGGAGAGAAGUUGUGGAAAGAAAAGCGAUGACCUUGUUGGUGCAGAGUUCGUCGACUUAAACAGAAAUUUAGAGAACAAGAAUGUUGAAAAUGACGACGACCGUCUCUUUUUCUUGUCUCUGGUGAAAGAAUUUAAAAAAAUACCGGACCAUAUGCAAAUUCAAACGAAACUAGAUCUUUUAAAGGUCAUAAGGGACGCUCAGUUUUCUGACUGCCUAAACACAUCGUGGGAAUAUACGAGCCCUAAUAACUACUUUGGAUAUCAAAUCGAAAACAGUUCGAGAAGAAAUCCUUACACUAUACCUAUGCACUCGACAGAUGAUAUCAUAGACAGUCCGGUACAUGUCCAAUCACCUUUAUCGACCGACAGCCAAAACUCUCAGGACAGUGAACAAGAUUCUUGAACACGUAUUUAGAUAGACUUUAUUAAUUCCAUUUUGUUCUAUUGCAAAAAAUAUGUACCUUACCUUUAUAAAUAAGUAUUA